UUAUUGAAUAAUCUAUUUUCAAGGAAAUUUAGCAUUACAAUGCAUAUUCAUAUGGAUCCUUUUAAUCUUUCAUGCGACCCAAUAUUUGAACAAGACGAUUAUGACGAAGAGAAUGGAAGUGGAGAAGAUUUUGAGGAGUUUGCUGACGACUGUGAAGAAUUUACUGGAGAUUUAACAAAAAUAUUUACCUCUGCUGGCCAUACUAAUUAUAGGCCUAAUCGUCAACACCACAACUCCGAUUCUGCUUCAGCUCUUCGUUCUCAAUCAUUGCGAAGUGGUGAAGCAUAUAUCCAGUCACAUAUGAGCAAAAUUGAAGCAUCAAAAGAACAUAGAAGGCACAAUGAUCGAUCUAAUAGAGCAACUGUGGAACAAGUUUUAGAUCCUCGGACAAGGCUAAUACUUUUUCAAUUGAUUCAAAGAGGAUUUUUUGAUACUGUUGAAGGUUGUAUCAGUACAGGAAAAGAAGCAAAUGUCUAUCAUGGCAUCACAGAAAAUGGAAGUUUGGCUGUUAAAAUUUACAAGACGAGCAUUUUGACGUUUAAAGACCGGGACAGAUAUGUCGCUGGUGAAUUUAGAAAAAUGGUUGCAACAUGGGCAGAAAAAGAAAUUAGAAAUUUGCAAAGAAUGUAUUUGGCUGGCAUUCCAGUUCCUAAACCUAUCUUGCUUAAGGGUCACGUGUUAGUAAUGGAAUUUAUUGGUGAGGAUGGUUGUCCAGCUCCUUUACUUAAAAAUGUUCUUAAGAUGGACGAAGAAUUGGCUGAUCAACUUUAUGUAGAAUGCGUUACAAUUAUGCGUAAUAUGUAUAGAAAGUGCAGACUUGUUCAUGCUGAUCUUUCUGAAUUCAACAUUUUAUUUUAUGAUAAUCAUCUUAUAAUUAUUGAUGUCUCUCAAUCUGUUGAACACGAUCAUCCAUACGCUUUAACAUUUUUGCGAUCUGAUAUAGGCAAUGUGACAAAAUUUUUUAUGGAGAGGGGAGCGAAAGUUUUUGGAAUGAAAAGGCUUUUUGAAAUCAUUGUUGAUCCAUUGAUUGAUGAAUUAAAAUUCGCUGAAGCCUUAACAAGCGAGCGAAGUUGUGAUAAUUUGCCAGAUGACAGUUUUUUCAUGAAUGCGUAUAUUCCACAUAAACUUGAACAAAUUGUUACUUUUGAGAGGGAUCAUUUAAUGGAAAAACAAGGAUAUGAACCAAACAAUCCGUUUCAAAAAGUUAUUGGCAAAACGCUUGAUAAUGAAGAUAAGAAUGUUGAAGAAUUAGAAAGAUUGUCAACAUCAAAAGAAGAAAAUGAUUCAACAACAGAUGAAUCAAGUGAUGAAAACAGUUGUGAAAAUGAGAAUGACGAAGAAAAUUCUAUUGAAAAUUUGGAUAAACAAGACAAAAAGUUUAUUCACCAACGUCAUCCAAGAAUAAAAGGAGAGUCGAAUGAAGCAAGAAAGGCACGUAAAGAGGCUGUUAAGGAAGAGAAAAGGGAUCAAAGGAAAAAUAAAGUGCCAAAAAAGGUUAAGAAACGUCGAGAUAAAAUGGCCAAAUCUGGAAGGAAAUAA